UCGAUCGCUUGUUUUCCCUCUCUCGAACAGUUGAGUGUCCUUUCCCUUUUGUGUUGCUUCCCUCCCCAAAUACACGUUUCUACACAUUAUUUUUCUCUCUCCGUUUCCACUGACACCAUGGCACUGAGCGAAGAUCAGAACUGGACGAAAGAGCAGCUAAUGGGUGGCGGUACCGCCGAGCAACCUUCCCCGAGCAAGAAAAAGGGCAAAGGCGUCGAGGAAGACCCGAUGCUGUGGGGCAUUCCGGGCCAUUUGACGUCGGACGAAGCCGAUACGUUCGCAAAGUUUCGCGCCGAAGUUCUGAAACGGGACGGUGACUUUCGCGACACGGUGUACUGCUUUGGCGAAGAAGAAGGCGAGGUGUGGGCGCUCGGGCGUUGGUUGCGAGCGCGCAAGUUCGUCUACGACGACGUCAUCGCUAUGGUGCAGGAAGCGACGGAGACACGGAAAGAAGCCAAAGCCAAAGACUUUUAUCCAGACCCUGUCGAAGCCCUACAUGUUGAUACCAGUCUCUAUUUUGCACAGUACCCGCAGCUCUAUUCUGGAGUGGCCAAGAAUGGAGCACCGCUCUUCAUCUCCAAACCGGGUAUUCUUAACGUGGACGGUGUGGAAUGCAUUACUACCCUCGACGGAAUCUUGAAAUUUCAUUGGUAUGUCAUGAUGCAUGACUUUGCCAAUCGUCUUCGGGACCAAAAGAAGAACAAUCCAGGCUUCAAACGUGUGGAUCCCGGAUUGGAUUCGCAGCGAGGUCUCACCCUCGAAUCUUCCUUGGUUUUUUGCAGAUUUGAAUGCGUCUGCAUCCUCGACUUGUCGCAACUCACUGCGUCAAAGCUAACUCGACGUGCCUUGGCCAUUAUCAAAGAACAGGCCGCCGUCGAUGCGAUUUGCUUUCCUGAAACCAUGUGCAAAAUGUUCAUUGUCAACGCCCCUACGUUCUUCACCGCGACCUGGCGACUCAUCCGGGGAUGGUUGGACGCACGUACCGCGGGCAAGAUUGAUGUCAUCUCCAGUCGCGCCACGAUGGAAAAGAAGCUCUUGGACUUUGUGGACGCCGAUCAAUUGCCGUCGGACUAUGGUGGUAAGGGACAGGAUACCAACGUUACGUUGACCCAGAGCAUGGCAGGCGCGGCACGGCGUCUCGUCACCAACGUCAUGUAUUUGCGCGGACACGGAUCGGAGGUUUGUCUCAUCCAUGCGAACGAAGAAGCCGAAAUCGAAGUCUUUACCAACUCGAGCGCGGGUGCCAAGUUUUCCGUCACGGACGCGGAUGCCAAAUCGCACAUCGUCGACAACGUGCUCGUUCAGCACGUCGGUAGUGGUGUCGAAAGCGAGCAGCCCUCGCGGAAAGUGAUUACGAGCCAGCGUAUUACGGGACCCGCCAACGUCAAGGUCAAGGCCGAUUCCAAUGCGGGACGCUUUAGCACGCAGAACUUUCUCAUUGUCUUUUCCAUUUACAAAAAAUGA